AUGCAAUCUACCCACGCUACCUUUGCGAUCGACUGGAAAUCAAACAAACAGUGUUUGGAGACGGCCCACGUGUUCUGUGUUGACCGUCAAAGCUCAAGGUCUCCAAAAAAAACUGUGGUUCACUGGGAGUCAAACAGUCUGUGUAUAAAUGGGAGAGUCAGCGACGGUCAGACCGUCAGCAACGAUCACAGAGUCAGCGACGAUCAGACCAUCAGCGACGAUCAGACCAUCAGCGACGAUCACAGAGUCAGCGACGGUCAGACCGUCAGCAACGAUCACAGAGUCAGCGACGAUCAGACCAUCAGCAACGAUCACAGAGUCAGCGACGAUCAGACCAUCAGCAACGAUCACAGAGUCAGCGACGAUCAGACCAUCAGCGACGAUCACAGAGUCAGCGACGGUCAGAUCAUCAGCAACGAUCACAGAGUCAGCGACGGUCAGACCAUCAGCAACGAUCACAGAGUCAGCGACGAUCCGACAGUCAGACCGUCAGCAACGAUCACAGAGUCAGCGACGAUCACAGAGUCAGCGACGAUCAGACCGUCAGCAACGAUCACAGACACAGAAAUGGCAGCUCACAGACGCCCGGCUCUGCUCCUCACCUUCUUCCUCUCUCUGUGGAUCAAGUCCGGAGAGUCUUACUUUUCGGAUCAAUGCGAUGAAAUCUGUCCCGCGGUGUAUUACACCACCACCUAUGAUUUGCCUUGCAUUGAUUACUGUGACAGGCACGGCUAUGACUACUACUGGUGCCACACCAAGGAUGGGUGGGACUACUGCUCACCGGGAGUGAAUCUUGAUUACAACGGCAACGAGUGUAGCAUCAGUCAUCCCUGUGGGAAAGACGCAAACAAGAAUUCCUACGAGUGUAUGUCAUCGACGUCAAACUCUCUGGUACGGUGUGGGCGAGUGGAGCCAAAAGCAAUGCAUCACAAAACCAUUUAUCUGGAAGAAUGUAUCAGUGAGUGUCGGUAUUACGAGUCUGGGGGUUACUUCUGGUGCUACACUGCCGACGAUUGGGACUACUGCUCGCCCACUCCAGGCAUCACCUACCAGAACGUUGACUGUCUCUCAAGUUCUCCAUGUGGAACUGACGGCCAAACAAGUUACGGCUGGUGCUACACGACGUCCAGCCACAACUGGGAUUAUUGUGGAGUCAUCAGUCCUGGAGAGUGCAGCUACACCGGGUCGUCUCGCAGAAAACGUCAGCCUAACACGUCAAAGGUGAUCUGUACCAGGGAAGAUCAGAACACCAGGGAAGUGACCGAAUUCAUCAGAUCACCAGGAUUAGUACCCAUGGCAGCGAUCAACCACAGGCUCCGCACUGAAGCCCAAGACCUCAUUAAUACAUUUGACGGUCAGGGCCUGAGCGACCAGAGCCGCUCCAACUUGGUUCACUCAAGGAACUUUCGUAUCGACAACCAGGGACUGAUUAACUUGAAUAAUCAGCGUUAUUACAACCUGCAGGUUCAGAUUAACAGGCCACGUCAACAGAGAGAAAGCACCACCGUGGCAAACAUCCUGGCCCCCGUAGACACGCCCACCUCCUACAUGCGCUUAGGCUUAAGUGAGAGUCUGAGUGGUGCGGUCAAAGUCGUCCUGGAGGUGAAAAGCGAAGCGGGCCCGUCCACGUCCUCGUCCUCAGACAAGAAGAACAAGUGCUGCAAACGACGCAAACAAUAACGUCACGCAAGCAACUGUGGAGCGUGAGCCAGUUAGCGCUAGGCUCCUGUCGAAGAGCCACCGAUUUAUAAAGUCCUUUAAUAAUUGUACUUUGGCUCUGUGUAAUUGUACUUUGACUCUGGGUAAUUGUACUUUGACUCUGUGUAAUUGUACUUUGACUCUGGGUAAUUGUACUUUGGCUCUGUGGAACUGUACUUUGGCUCUGUGUAAUUGUACUUUGGCUCUGUGUAAUUGUACUUUGACCCUGUGGAACUGUACUUUGGCUCUGUGUAAUUGUACUUUGACUCU